UUAGCCGACUCUCGCCGGGAUUAUCCUAGGCAUCGCGAGCGGGAGAAAAGAGGAAGAGGGAAACAGAGAGUCGCGCGCUUACGAGACAGUCGGAGCGGAUCAUCAGCGCGCGCGCGCGCUCGUCACGAACGAUCAACGGCACCUUCAGCGGCACCUGGUCCAUCCGAGGACGACCAUGAUACUCGCGAUCCUGUGCAGCCUUGUCGUCGGGCGAUCCAUCGCCUCGCCGAUCGCCGCCAAUGUCUGGCUGAGUCCGAUACCAGCCCUCUCGCCAUUGAGGCAGUACCACAUACAGGACGGGUCGGGCUCAUACAAGUAUUCCUUCACAGGACCCCACCAUGCCAAAGCGGAAUCCACCUUGAAUGGCGUAACGCAGGGUGGAUACUCCUACAUCGAUGCAAAUGGAAUUUUGCAAACGGUCUCGUACACGGCGGACGAUCAAAAUGGAUUUCGAGUGAGCGCUAGCAAUUUACCGCAGCCGCCCAAGGAUGAGUUGCAGACGAUACAGGACACGCCAGAAGUGGCCGCGGCGAAGAGGGAUCACCUCGAGGAAUUGCAGAAGUCGCAACAGGCCAAUUGGCAGGAUCAGAACCUCCUGUCGUACAAGAUCCUACCGUCGUACUUCAGCCUCGCUCAGAUCCAACCGCAGGGAAACGGCAAAGUCGAUGUAAGCUCGAACGCGCGAGACGCGGAGAGCACGAAGAAUCCGUUUCUACUGUCAAGGUCGGAGGCGGACAGGAUCGACAUUCCCAAGCCGGAUCCGAGUCUCUCCCAGAUAACGUCCGCGCCUUCGCUUCCCACCGCCGCCACCGCCAUCGGCGGCUUCUCGUUACCCACUUCGACGUCGUUGAGGGAGAACACGCUCUUCAAGGACGAGGAGCAGACGUCUAAUCAGAAUGCGCUGCACCACGGCAAAUUGGUGCCGCUCGCCAGCGCUCAGAGGCCGAUAGCUAUGCCUACACCCUAUGUGUUCUCGGUGCUGCCUUACAGAUUCCUCCAUAGCUCGCUGCAACACACCCAGGACUCGUUGGGCCAAUAUGACUAUAGCUACACCGGGGACUCCAGUGCCAAGACCGAGUCCAGGUCGUUGGAUGGCACCACCAGAGGCGCCUACAGUUACAUCGACCCCAACGGGAUUCUGCAGCAGGUGCACUACGUCGCUGACCAUAACGGAUUCCGGGUGUUGGCGACCAACCUGCCCGAGGCUUAGUGACGACCCCACCGUCUUCGCAGCGAAUGUCGCGCAGGAGACGGCUGCGAGCUUGCGUCGCUUUGGAGCCUGGUGUCGACUUGUGAGAUGCAACGAGACGAGACGUUAAUGUGCCGUAAACGCGAUCCUCUCCUCUGCAUUGAGAAUCUCUCGGAACGUCGCGCGAUUUCGAGCGGGCGCGCGGACUCUCGGAAGAUCAAAUCCAGCAUAUGUACGUUGUUGUCUCGUGAAUUUCGCGAGACGGGUUUUUUCGACUGAGGGCUCAAGAGGGCGGGAAAACGGAUCGACAUCGUGGAUCGCCCCGUGCAAGUUCGUUCGAUUGCGCUCGCAAAUGUUCGCGCAAAUGUUGCGCCGAUUAGUUUCGUCAACGGCGAUCGCGCUCGCAGCGACGAGCGAGAAUAUGCAAUAAAAAAAGAAGGCUACGUAUCCCUCAGUCUGGAGAUCUGAAUGCAAAUGCGACGUCUGUCUCUCUCUCUCUCUCUCUCUCUCUCUCUCUCUCUC